AUGGAAAUUUCGUCACACCAAUGUAUUUCUGCCUUCUCAUUUUCCGCUUGCUUUGCUAUUGACGGAUAUUCCUCAUCCCUGACGCGCCGUGAUUCCGUUCUCGACGCCGCUAGACGCCCCGCGAUAAUCAGCACACUCGCAUCGCCGCCAUUCGACCAUCCGCGCCCGUUCCUCCGCUGUGACGUGACGCCCGCAGCCCACCCGCUCACUUACAACACCCGCCCACCUGUCCACUCCGCCCUCUCGCCCUCUCCGCCCUUCCCCGCUGCACCCGCCAUGUCCGCGGCCGGCGCGGAGGAGCUUCCGCCAUGCGUGCUGCUGCGCAACUGCACCAUUGUGCAGGCGGGCGGCGCGGGGGUCGUUGCUGACGUGGACGUGCGCGCGGCGCAGCACGUGCUGGUUCAGGGCAAGCGAAUCGCGUUCGUCGGCGACGUGCUGCCGUCCGACCUGCUCGCGUCGUUGACGGCGUCGCGACCGCCCGUGGUGAGCCCCCCUCCCUGCACGCGCCUGCUACUGGUGCAGCCCCAGUGGGAGUGCCUCCGAGGCAAUUCAGCGGCUGCGCCUCACAUGCCCUCUCGCUUCUUCCCCCCAUGCACGCCUCUCCUCCUUCCGCUCCUUCCACCCAUGCGCCCUUUUCCCCUGGGCUGCCAGGAGAUCGACCUGGCGGGGCGCUACCUCCUCCCUGGGCUGUGCGAUGCGCACAUGCACGUAACAGCGGCGGCCUGCGCGGAUCUGCACGCACUGGCGGCGCUGCCCGUGUCGCUGGUGGCGUGCCGCGCUGCCAGGGGGCUGCAGGCCAUGCUCAUGCGGGGCUUCACCACCGUGCGCGAUGCUGGGGGGUGCGACCAGGGGCUGGCUCAGCCAUGCCGCGGUGCAUCUAUGCGCCCGUUCCUUCUCAGCCCCGCCACCCUCCGUCCCCCCCAACACCAGGCAGUGGAGGAGGGCACAGUGAUUGGACCACGUAUCCUCAUAUCAGGCCACGCCCUCUCCCAGACGGGAGGCCACGGGGACAUGCGCAAGCCCUCCCACGAUACCCUCCCUGUCGCCGCUCCCUCCUCCUUCUCCCUCUGCGCCUGCUCCUCUGCUGCUUCCGCCGUGGGCGGCCUGGGCAUCGGCCGAGUCUGCGACGGCGAGGCUGAGGUUCGGCGGGCGGUUCGGGAGGAGCUUCGGCGGGGGGCGCGGCAGAUCAAGGUGAUGGCGUCAGGCGGCGUAUCGUCACCGUCGGAUCGCGUGGAGAGCCUGCAAUUCUCGGAGGGGGAGAUGCGGGCGGCGGUGGAGGAGGCGGAGGCGCAGGGGACUUAUGUGAUGGCGCAUGCUUACGCGGCUCGUGCGAUUAAGAGGGCAGUGGAGUGUGGUGUGCGCAGCAUUGAGCAUGGCAAUAUGCUGGACGAGGAAGGAGCAGAGCUGAUGCUGCAGAGAGGAAGCUUCCUGGUGCCCACGCUGGUGACGUACGAGCGUAUCAAGCAGGCGGGGCAGCAGAGCGGCAUGGACGGCAGCAUCGUUGCCAAGGUGCAGGACCUGCUAGAGAGGGGGCUUCAAGCUGUGGCACUGGCCGAAAAAAAGGGAGUGCCGAUAGUCUUUGGCUCGGACCUGCUGGGUCCCAUGCAGUCCCACCAGCUGCAGGAGUUUGCCAUCCGCAGCAAAGUGCAAUCACCGGCGUCUGUUCUUCGGUCGGCUACAACUGCUGCUGCAAGACUCUUUGGAAUGGAAGGAGAGAUUGGGUCUGUGGCAGUUGGCGCGCUUGCGGAUUUGAUCGUGUUGGAUGGGAAUCCGUUGGACGGCAUAAGCGACGGAAGCGGUGGCACUUCGGGGGGUAACGGCGGAAGCAGCGACCCGGGGAUGGCGGAGAUAAAGUCUGUCGGGGGAGACGGGUGGGGGGUGGCGAAGCGGGCGUUUCAGCAAGGAGUUGCGAAAAUAAAAACAACGGCGGCGGCGGCGGCGGCGGCGGCUGCGGCGAUAAACCUGGAUGGCCCUUCGCGGCGCCGCCCUGACGUGCACUCCGCGGCGGUGCAGGAAUUCUCGCAGUUCCUCAAAGACUCGCACCGGAGAUUAAUCUCCUCUGCCGGCCUCCCCGCGUCGCGGAUCGUGCACAGUUACCGCUACCUCAUGAACGCGUUCUCGGCGCGAUUGACGGCGGCGGAAGCGGAGAGUUUGAAGAAGCAGGCGUGGGUGGAUCGGGUGGAGCGCAGCCAGAUGGUGCGCGCGGCGACGACGCACACGCCCGACUUCCUGAACCUGCCCAACAAAGUCUGGCCGCAGCUGGGCGGGGAGAGCCGCGCGGGGGAAAAUGUGAUUGUAGGCCUCAUUGACUCGGGUAUUUGGCCGGAGCACCCGGCCUUUUCGGACAAGACCAGCACCCCGUACGGCCCGCCGCCCAGCCGGUGGCGCGGGGGGUGCAACACGACGGCGGACUUUCCGCGGUGCUCACAGAAGAUAAUUGGCGCGCAGUGGUUCGUGGCGGGGCUGAAGGCGGAGGGCGGGCGCAUUGACCCGAGCAUCGAGUUCCUGUCGCCCCGCGACGCUAACAGCCACGGCAGCUGGUGCGCUGGAGCGGCUGCGGGCAACGCCGUGCGCGUCAAGUCGGGUGCGCAGCCCUUGGGUACGGCGCGCGGAAUGGCCCCGCGCGCGCGUUUGGCAAUAUACAAGGCGCUGUGGUUCGACGGGCAGGUGGCGAUGGGCAGCGAGGCUGACGUGUACAAGGCCGUGGAUCGCGCCGUGGCGGACGGCGUGGAUCUGCUCUCCAUGUCCGUCGCGUUCAGCGACGAGAACUACUUCAAACACCUCCCGCUCAUGCGCGCCGCGCAGGCGGGCGUGCUGCCGGUGCUGGUGGCCGGCAAUCUCAAGGCCCCUCCGGACAGCGAUGACGGACAGUACCGCACCAUCCGCAACGCGUCGCCCUACUACCUCACCGUCGCCGCUAGCACGACGGACAGAGCGUGGCCGCCGCAAGCCACGCUGAGGCUGCAGGACGGCGCAGCGACCACCGCCUCCGCCAGGACCGCGGGCGGGCGGAGAACCGCCACCGCGGAUGACGACGGCGGCGGGGGAGUGAGCGCGGAGGCGGUGACGGUGGUGGGGGUGACGUACCACGCGGGCACGGCGCACACCGUGAACCUCUCGCUCGUUGACGGCGCUGCUGCCGCCGCCAGCAACGUGCCCCUCAUGCAGGCGCGCAUGUGUCUGCCCGGCGCACUCUCCCCCGCGCGCGUGGCGGGGCGGAUGGUCCUCUGCGAGGCGGGGGGGACGACGCCCGAGGCCAAGGCGGGGGAGGUGCGGAGGGCGGGCGGACGCGCGAUAGUGAUCGCGUCGGCGUCCGCCACGGCGGGCAGCGUGGGGGAGGGGUACGCGCUCGACCUGCCCUCUCUGGUCGUCAACCGCUCCAUGUCGCAGGCGCUGCGAAGCUUCCUCAACAGCUCUAGCAGUCCGCGCGCGACCCUCUCCUCGCUCUCACUGCAGUCCAACCAGGUCGCGCCAGUCAUGGCGCCCUUCUCCUCCACGGGCCCCAUCGUCGACCCCUCUCUCCCCCCCGGCCGCUCCCCCGACGGCUUCACCAACGACAUCUUAAAGCCCGACAUCACUGGCCCGGGAGUCAACCUCCUCGGCCCCAUGGCCUCUGGAAAACACGGGGAAGCCGCAUACCAGCUGCUCUCAGGAACCUCAAUGGCUGUUCCGCAUCUGGUGGGGAUUGCGGCGCUGAUAAUGCAAAAGUACCCGAGCUGGAGCCCUGCCGCGGUGAAAUCCGCGAUCAUGACGACGGGCACGGUGUUCAACAAUCGCAACGAGCCCAUUCGGACAGCGUCGGGGCACCGAGCGACGCCGUGGAAUUUCGGGUCAGGGCACGUGGUGGCGGUGAGGGCCAUGGACCCGGGGCUGGUGUACAACGUGGGCGCCAAGGGCUACAUGGCGUUCCUCUUUGGGAUCAAUGCCAACACGGCGAGCAAAGUCUUCCAGCACCAGCAGGUGCCGCAGAAGGGGGGCGGACGGACGGUGAUCAAGGCCUAUGAUCUGAACCUGCCGAACAUCUGCGUGUCGAAUCUGGUGAAGCAAGUCACGGUGGUUCGGCGCGUGACGAACGUGGCUCGGCAGGCGUCAAAGUACAGGGCGAGGGUGGUGGCGCCUAAGAAUGUCCGCGUGGUGGUGGCGCCGGGAGCGUUUACGAUAGCGCCGGGCGCGUCGCAGGUGUUUUCGGUGACGUUCACAGUGGUGCAGGCGACAAGGGCGUUCUCGUUUGGCAGCCUCACGUGGGUGGACGGCACACACCGAGUGCGGUCGGUGCUGGCCGUGCAGCCCGUUCAGGCGUGA